GCCCCAUUUCCUCACUGUAAAAGCUACCCACAUCUACAAGUAGAAGAAAAUACCUGGAGACAGAGGAAGAGGACAGAAGAUUGCUCUGGCGGCUGCCUACAGACUGAAUAGAACAUUUCCACAUCACAUAUUACAGCUCUUAGAAAAUCCUGCAAAGUCCAGCCACAACUAACAAGAUCCAGAAGUCCAGACAGAACUAACACCAAAUUCCAAAGAAAGACAUAGGGCUAAAGAACUUCAUGGACCAAAAAUGAAUUGAUCAUGGUGACCUGUCAUUAUAAGGCGAUUACUGGGAAAUAAGGGAGUUGAAGUCUUGAGACAUUGUUUCCAUUUAAGUAGAGUACACAAGCAUGUUUCUAAUUCUCGCUGGAAUUCCUAUGCUGUUAUAUAAUAGAGUUACUGUCAGCUCAUAGCAGCAUACUUUUAUAUGAAGAUAGUCUUCAUAAGCUGAGGAAUUAACUCUUAAUGCACAGAGACAUUUGCUGGCAGGACAGAUAAGAGCUCCCAGUAACAAUUGCUAGGCAGGCAGCCCCUGACAUUUGCACUGGAGAUCUCCUCCUCUCUGUGUUUAUACAGUUGACUCCAUUCAUUCACUUUCCUAGUGGUGGUUGAUAGAAGGCUCUGUGCGGUGGAGGGUCACAGUCACAUUCCUGAUCUCAGGCUCAACACAGACUCCUUCCUCUGCUUCAUAUAGUAUUUCUAAGCAGCAUGCAAGAUCCCAGCAGGAGAUCCCAGCUUUUUAGCAGCUGUCACUAUGUAGGAUGCCUAGAGAGAUGACCUCUACUCGCCCAGGAACACUCAGGAGCGCAUUCAUACUAUUAUUCUUCUCCUGGAUCUUCAGGAUUUGGGGUGGGAGGCGUCCCAAGAGCAGGAGGAAUCUGCUGCUGGUCUGCACUGCUUGUUUGCUCUAUGGGAUUUUUGUAGUGACCCAGGCAGGUAGUUUUUUCCCACAGCAUAAGGAUCCUAGGAAGACUAAUCAGAUUGAUGGUGAUGGGGCUUCUGAACAGCAGAGGAACUUUGUGGAACAAAAUACUUUUUAUGUUGAAAAUUCCCAGCCACUUGGAACUGCUCUAAACAGUUCUACAACACUCCAGCCAAAUGUUGUAUAUAUCACCCUGCGGUCCAAGAGGAGCAAACCAGCCAACAUUAGGGGGACAGUGAGACCAAAGAAGAGGAGAAAGUUUGGAGUUGUUGGACAACAUGAGUUUGGCUAUAGCAUGCAGGACACUGGUAGACUGGAGGACAAGCUUAUGGACAGGUAUAUACAGAAAGGAACCCCAACUCAUCUCAAGUCUAGGGACACAGGAACAAUCAUAUUGAGGGAUGCAAGGGGAGAUAGUCACCACAGUAACAUUAGGAUUUACAGUGACCGUGCCCCUCCUUGGUUUAGUGCUGAAGAUAUCCAGACAAUGAGGUUCCUAGCUGAAUCAAGGAUAAAGAAAAUAACACAGUUGCCUUCUAACCAGGCUUAUCUCAUCUAUGAAACCCCGUCCAAGAAAAAGAUUGCUCCAUCUGUCCCAUCCUCAGCAUGCCAGGGAAUGUGUGGUCUUGUUAGAAGACCUUUGGACAUGAGUGAAGUGUUUGCUUUCCACUUGGAUCGGAUACUGGGGCUUAAUCGAACUUUGCCAUCUGUGAGCAGAAAGUUUGAGUUCCCUCAAGAUGUCCUUCCCUGCCCCGUUAUUUUGUGGGACUCCUUUCUAUCUCCAACAGACAACGUCACACAGUCUUCCAUAAAACUAAAACGGGGAAGUUACCAAAAGAUCCUUACACAUAAGUGUUGGUUGAAUGGAAAAAUCCCCAAAGCAGAUUUGGGCUGUCCAGAAGUCCAUCAUCAUGAGUGGUCCAAGAUGGCACUUUUUGACUUUCUUCUUCAAGUUUACAAUCGUCUUGAUAAACACUGUUGUGGCUUCAGACCUCGGAAAGAAGAUGAAUGUGUACAACAAGGUCUACAUUUAAAAUGUGACAACCUCAGCAAUAUUGACCUGACACACAUUGUACAAAGGAAGCAUGACCCUCGCCACUUGGUUUUUAUUAAUAACAAAGGAUAUUUUGAUAGAAGUGAAGAUAAUUUGGAUUUUAAAUUGUUGGAAGGAAUCAAAGAGUUUCCUGAAUCAGCUGUUUCGGUUCUAAAAAGUCACAGACUACGAGAAAAACUCCUCCAGUCAUUCUUCCUGGACAAAGUAUUUUGGGAAAGUCAAAGAGGACGUCAAGGGAUUGAAAAACUCAUUGACGUGAUAGAGAGAAGGGCCAAAAUCCUGCUGAAUUACAUCAAUGCCCAUGGAAUAAAAGUCAUACCAAUGAAUGAUUAAAUUAACCAAAUGACUACGCAAGCAUCUGACAUGUAUUUAACGUGUUUCUAAGUGUUUUACACUGAUGACCUAUCCUCAGGAUAGGUCAUCAGUAUCUGAUCAGUGGGGGUCUGACUCCUGGCACUUCCGCUGAUCAGCUGUGUGAAGAGACUGUGGUGCUCACCUCCUUGUAGCUUACCAAGCAGAGCAGUGUCCAUUGGAUAGCGGCUGUGCAUGGUAUUGCAGCUCAGUUCAAUUCACUUGAAUAGGACUGAGCUGUGCCUAGCCCUAGACCACGUGUCCGAUGAAUGUGAUAUCAUGGGCCUAGGAAAAGGCUGCAGUGCUCACUAGACUGCUGCAGUCUCUUCAAACAGGUGGUCAGCAGGGGGUGCCGGGCAUCACACCCCCUCCUGUCAGAUACUGAUGACCUAUGAACACUUGGACAACCACUUUAAUAUCUACAAGUGCAAUGAAUCUGGGAUAAAAGCUAUACAUAGUGAAGUUCCAUGUUCUGCCAUGAAAGUUUUACCAAGAGAAAGUAUUAAAUGGGAAUAAGAUUCAAAGAUAGAAAUGAAUUUAAAGGGGUUAUCGAACCACUAAAAUGCCCCCCAAAAUGACUGGGCACCUCAUACAGAUUAUACUUACCCCACUCCCUAGCACCCACGUCGCUUCUGAUGACCACACCGCC